UUGAAAUCCAAACACCAAACUUGAAGGUGGCUGCCACUAGAAGAUUGAAAUGAAACAAUCUUUGUGGCUGCUGCUCUUCCUGGGCGCAAUGAUUGGACUGCUGGACUUCCUGGAGGCAAGAAGCCACCGUCAUCGCUCUCACCAUAUACGCCGACGUCCUGAAGUACAACCCAGAGCUGUGCCUGGAGCUGUCCCUGGAACCGUCCCUCAAUCUCAAGCGCACCCUCAAUCUCAUGCAGAGCUGCCACCGAGGCAGACGGAGGAACUGUGUGCACCAGAGAUCACCAAGGACGAGCUUAUGGAGGUAGCCGUCAUGGGGGCAACCAAGGUGAUCAUCAAGCAGGUGGAAAAGUUCAGCCCUGGAGUGCCCAUAAGCACGGAUGUCGUUAACUCCAUCAGCGAACUCGUUAUGAAAGAGCUCUUGGCCGGUACGACCAUCCAGGAUAUGGUUGAUAAGCUGCACGUCUGGUGUACCGUCAACAGACCACCAGGCACUCCGGUUGCAACCGUUCCUGGAGCUAUCCCUGGUGCUGUCCCUGGUGCUGUCCCUGGAGUUAUCCCUGGUGCUGUCCCUGGAACCGUCCCUGGAGCUGUCCCUGGAGCUAUCCCUGGAGCUAUCCCUGGAGCUGUCCCUGGUGCUGUCCCUGGAGGAGUUCCUGGAGCUAUCCCUGGUGCUGUCCCUGGUGCAGUCCCUGGAGCUAUCCCCGGUGCUGUCCCUGGAACCGUCCCUGGAGCUGUCCCUGGAGCUAUCCCUGGAGCUGUCCCUGGAGCUGUCCCUGGAGUUAUCCCUGGAGCUGUCCCUGGUGCUGCUCCUGGAGCCGUUCCUGGGGCUGUCCCUGGAGGUGUUCCUGGUGGUGUCCCUGGAGGUGUCCCUGGAGCUGUUCCUGGAACCGUCCCUGGCGCUGUCCCUGGAACCGUCCCUGGAGCUGUCCCUGGAGUUAUCCCAGGAGCUGUCCCUGCAGCUGUUCCUGGUGCUGUUCCUGGUGCUGCCCCUGGAACCGUUCCUGGGGCUGUCCCUGGAGGUGUUCCUGGAGCUAUCCCUGGAGCUGUCCCUGGAGUUAUCCCUGGAGCUGUCCCUGGUGCUGCUCCUGGAACUGUUCCUGGGGCUGUCCCUGGAGGUGUCCCUGGUGGUGUUCCUGGAGCUGUACCUGGUGUGAAAGGAACCGCUCCAGGAGGCCUUCCUGGAACCGUCCCUGGAACCGUCCCUGGAACCGUCCCUGGAGCUGUCCCUGGAGCUGUCCCUGGAGCUGUCCCUGGAGCUGUCCCUGGAGCUGUCCCUGGAGCUGUCCCUGGAGCUGUCCCUGGAGCUGUCCCUGGAGCUGUCCCUGGAGCUGUUCCUGGAGGUGUUCCUGGGGGUGUUCCUGGAGUGAAAGAAACCGCUCCUGGAGGUCUCCCUGGUGCUGUCCCUGGAGCUGGCCCUGGAACCGUCCCUGGAACCGUCCCUGGAGCUGUCCCUGGAGCUGUCCCUGGAACCGUCCCUGGAGCUGUCCCUGGAGCUGUCCCUGGAGCUGUUCCUGGAGGUGUUCCUGGGGGUGUUCCUGGAAUGAAAGAAACCGCUCCUGGAGGUCUCCCUGGUGCUGUCCCUGGAGCUGGCCCUGGAAUCGUCCCUGGAACCGUCCCUGGAACCGUCCCUGGUACCGUCCCUGGAACCGUUCCUGGAGCUGUCCCUGGAGCUGUUUCUGGAACCGUCCCUGGAGGUGUUCCUGGAGGUGUUGCUGGUGGUGUCCCUGGAGCUGUCCCUGGAGUUAUCCCUGGAGCUGUCCCUGGAGCUGUCCCUGGUACUGUCCCUGGAGCUGUUCCUGGAACCGUCGCUGGAGGUCUCCCUGGAGGUGUUCCUGGAACCGUCCCUGGAGGUGUUCCUGGAACCGUCCCUGGAGGUGUCGCUGGAGGUGUUCCUGGAGGUGUUCCUGGAACCGUACCUGGAGGUGCCCCUGUUUCUGUCCCUGCCUUAAUGCCUGGAGCUGUCCCUGGGGUUCCUGGUGCUAAGCCGAAGCUGAGUUUUGAUAGACAUCCUCUGGAAGGGCCAAAGCCUUCCGGCCAAGCUUCCCCGGCACAGAUGGGUACAGAUUCGGACUACGAUUUCUCUGGCAAUGAACCUUGCCAGGGCGCCUCUUGCGAGACUCCGCCGCCAACCAGCGAGUGGACCGACCUCAGCUGGCUGUGCCUGAUCGAGAAUGGACACGUUAAGUGCUAUUCGUACCACUACGACGCCAACAAGGAGAUAUCUGUGGAGGAAGUCGAAUCCAUCACGGUGCGUCGCCGAACGGUCGCCAGCCAUCGAACACGUCGGGGCAAGGGCGAAAGGUCGCGCAGACGCCUCAACCGGCGCUCAAAGCACAAGAUUCGCAGGCGGAAUCACAAGUUGGCAAGACUGAGGCGUAGGCACGGCUUCCGUGCGAACAAGGCCAAGCCCGGCAUACGUCGGAGCAAGGGCAAGCGCACUUAGGCGGCAGGCAAAUCGCAAAAUUUUGCAUUCAAUAAAGUAAUCCUGAUGUGCGAAAGGA